AUGCCAAGACCCCUCCAUGCCUUCCUUUUGCUGCUCAACCUGCUGCUCAUGUUGCUUCGGUGCAAGGCACCGGCAGGCACGACAUCAGACCGACCGAGCUGCAGUUGCCAGUUAUGUUACCAUCCCGAAUCUGCCAUGUUCCUGUAUGGUGGCCGUGCCUGCCUGCCCGGAGUGAAGCGCCGAUAUACGGAACCAGAAAGUUCCACUCGCCGACCUAGAAACUUCAGACUUUCAAAGUCGGGUGUCUUCGCAAACCCUCAGUCAUCAUCCAUGGGCUUUCUUAAGUUUGCCCAACGGAUUCCCUGCAUUAGACCGCCCUCCAUACAUCGAGUCUACUUGCAAAUGGCCAUCCCUACUCAACUGCAUAGGAGCCCGAAGCCAACAAGCGCCAACGCACUUUACGAUCCGCCUUUAACCCAGGGAACCGGACGCCAAAAACGCUGCGGGCUUGGCCGGUGGUCACACGUCCGCCGCCAAACCACGACAUGUGCACAAGAAUGAGAUCCGUCCCCACUGCGCAUGAUGAUGCCGCCUGCUGCACGCAUAAACCCUAUUUCGC